AUGAGCAGGGGAAGGGGAAUGAGAAGAAGAAGAGAGAAGAAAACGAAGGGAGUUUCAUCAGAAGCUGAGCCAUCAACAAAGAAGCAGAAGAAAGAAGCUGCUGAAACGAGAAAGGGUUCUAGCGAGGAGGAAGCUGUAUUGGACAAAGCGACUCUGACGAAUCUUGUGAGUGCUCUGCAGAAUAUUUCAGCAAAAUUUGACGCUUACGAUUUUGACCGGAACCGGCCAGUGAUGGACGAGAAGACCCUAGAUAACGUGGUGAAAGCUGUAGUGCAGCAGAGUCUGAAAGUUUUGGGGGAAAGGAAAAUUCCCGACAACGAUGCUAAACUCUCCUCCGCCGGCGUAGAAAAAUCUUUAUCGGUGACAUCAUCACCUCGUAGGAGGUCGCCACCGGAAAAGUCGGACAAAAGUCCAGUGGUAGAACCGCAGGCCCAGGAGGAGAAGUCUGUAAAAACUCCAGUGACAGAACCGCGGCAGCAGAAAAAGCCUGUCAAAAGUCCAGAGCCGCCGCAGCAGAAAGAGAAGGCUGUCAAAAGUCCGGUGCCGCCGCAGCGGAAGGAGAAGGCUGUCAAAAGUCCGGUGCCGGCGCAGCAGAAACAGCAGAAGUCAGUCAAAAGUCCAGCGUUAGCUGAGACCCCUGCAAAGAAGAAUUCGGAGCUUGAGAAGGAUACAGUGGUGAGAAGGAUUUUGGGUGAUGAUUUUAAUGAAAUUGAUUUCAUCAGUGUUUCUCCUGCAAAGAUUACUAAGGAUGCUAAGGAUGGUAAGGAUGCCAACGUUCCAGCCUAUGGACGCGGCUUACGGGGCAAGGCCAAGCGUACUGUUACUGUAAAGGAUGAGGCUAUCGAGGAUAAGAAAAAAGCACAGCGGGCAGAGGCUGCGUUGAAGAGGAAGGAGAAGCAAGAGGCUAAGAAAAAAGAGAACGAGGAGAAGAAACAGAAGAGAAAAGCGGCUGAGUUACAAAAGAAACAAGAGGCUGGGUUACAGAAGAAAAAGAAGGAAGACGAGGCUGAGUUACCGAAAAAAAAGAAGGAAAAAGAGGCUGAGUUACCGAAGAAGAAGAAAGAAGAAGAGGCUGAGUUACAGCGGUCUGAGGAAUGUGUUGUGACCAACGACGAAGUUCUUGCGGAAGAUAACGCAUUGGCGGCGGAGUCUGAUGUCGAGCCAGCUGAAUUGAUUAGAUCUUCCGUGAUAAAGGAACUUCGGGAGAAAUCAGUUAAGUUAUCUCCACAAGGGUUUUCAUUGACGAACCUUGAUUCAGCACCAGAUUUUCCGUACAUUGGAGACAAUGGACAGACGACUUGCAUGAGGAAGAACAUUACGCCUUCAUCAGUAAUAUACGACCCUUGCGCACCUGUUGAUCCGGCGCGACUGGAAAAACUGAAGCAACACAUUAAGGCAAUUCCACCCAAACCACCAGCACCUAAAGAUAAACCAGAAGAACCCUCAGCUGAUCAUGAGAGUGACUUCUACAGCAUACUCAUGCAUGAAAGACCGUGGCCUGACAAAGAAUAUGGAUGGGUGUUUGAUAAUGUAAGUCUUUAUUAAGGCUGACUUAUAUAUUCUAUAAAGGCUGACUUAUAUAUUUAAUUCAUUAUAUUACGGCUGACUUAUUAUUUUUCUUUGUCUAGCAUAUCGCUGCGUAUAUGAACGUCCUCAUACAAAGGUCCAUGCGAGAUCCCACUCCAUUCUGGUCCAAGCGGAUUGGUUUCAUAGACCCUUGGUUGUUAAGUUCUUGGGCUUCCCUCGAUUACAGGCAGUUCAGGAUGAAACCUGCUUCGUUCAAGUUCAAAGACUGUGGUUAUGAAGCGUUGGUAAACGGGAGAUUCCCCGAAGAAUUUACAACAAACUUGAAGUGGUAUGCAGAUGUGGAUCACGUGUACGGAUGUCUUCAAACCGGCGGUAAUCACUGGGUGGCGUUUCACGUGGAUCUGAUCAAGGAGAAGAUAGAUUGCUACGAUCCAAUCUAUGGAGAGUCAACACCCGAAAGUGAGCAAAAAAUGCUAAAUGCUUUUAGACCUCUACUGGAGAUGCUUCCCUGGAUGUUGAAUGAGCUUAUUCCUGCCGAUCUCCGAAAGCAUUCUAGGAAGAGGUUCGCAUUCAGACGGAGGAGCAAAAGAUACAUUCCACAAAACAACAUGUCAGGUGAUUGUGGGGUUUAUUCGUUGAAGUUUGUGGAGUGUCUAGCGCUUGGUGUAACUUUUGAUGGCAUAAACGAUAGUAAUAUUCAAGGGUUACGGGUGAAGAUGGCAGCAGAUAUCCUCGAGGAAGGAGGAAAUGUUGGAAUGAACAAUUUGUUUUCAUAAUGAAACUGUGUUUGUUUGUGAACCUGUGUUUGUUGUUAUGUUAACUAUUUGACUUUGGAUAACUGCUGUAAUAACUCAGUCGUAUCGAUUAGUAAUACUCAGCCAGUACUCAUUGAUAACUCAGUCAUACCUCAAACAUACCCUAGAAUCAAAAUAAUUAAUAAUUUUUCAUUCGAAUGUUAUAUAUAAAGUCCAAUUAUCAAAAUAAUUAAUAAUAACUCAAUGUGUGAGCAUGAUCUUUGUUGACUAUACGAGUUUGGAAUCGAUUAUAAUCUUGAGGUAUAUGUUGUCUCUUACGAGUACCUAAAACUCUAGGCAGUGAUAUGAGGUGUGAGCAUGAUUCAAAACACGUAAACUGUUAUUGUGUUAUUUAUUAUGAAUUUGUGAUAUUUAUCAUAUCUUGUGGUUCGUACAUCAUAAAUCAUAACCCUAAACAAUCUUAUUCGGAACCCAAACCCUAAAUAACUAAACCCUAUACCCUAAACGGCAAACAACAAAUCAGCCGUAAAGGUCUUAAUAACUCAGCCUGUUAGUGUAAGUUAAUAUUUACAUAUGGCGCGAAAAUUUUAGAUAUUUUAUCUCGCGACCUUUAAUGUUCUAUACUUCCCCUAUAUAUAGCCCCCUUCUCUUGCACCUUCUCGCCUUAUCUCACUAGAAAACCUAAACAAUAUCUCUAUAUCGCCUUACAAAGUUAUGAUUGUUCCUGGUUAUUCAGAAAGGUUAGAGAACAGAGUCAAUGAGAUACUAAACUCUGAAAAUCGUGAAAACCUUCCCGUUCUAUACCCUGGCCCGGGUGUCUUGCUUGACAGCGUAAUCUGGUUUAAAUUUCUAAGCGAUCUCUCCCUGGCCAUCCCGUCGAUUUUAGCAGAAGGAUGGGUUCAUGAUUGGCCGACAUGGCGCGCCAUUCCCGAUCAUUUUAAGGAACGCUGGUUUCUUCAACUCGCUCGCAAACGCACGUGGGCACGAAGAUAUAAUUUUCAAGUUUGGACAAAUUUUAAUCUGGUGGCCAGAACGGUGUUUCGUUGUCAGAUGCGCCUCUUGAAGAGGAGGUGGGCACAUGGGGGUGAGAAGCCUGCGUGGAUGCUAACUAGAGUUUGGCGUGAUCUUGUCCACAUGUUUGAAGAAUUUGGUCCUGAUAAUUUUGGUUUUAGAAAUUGAUUUGUUGUUUUUGUUUGUAUUCAGCCGUCAAGUUUUUGUAAAGUUGUUUAACUCAGCCGUUAAGUUUCUAUAAAGUUGUUUAACUCAGCCAUUAAGUUUCUAUUAAGUUGUUUAACUCAGCCGUUUAGUUUCUAUAAAGUUGUUUAACUCAGCCGUUAAGGUUUUAUAAAGUUGUUUAACUCAGCCGGAAUUGUUUGCGUCAAACGUCAGUGUUUCAGUUAAGUAACUCAGCCGUAAUACGAAUUAAGAUACUAAUAACUCAGCCUUAUAUUGUAAAAAUACAAAGCCAUAGUUAACGCUAUUUUCAAUGUAUUAUUAUGGCCGCCAUUACUUAAUCGAGACCAGUAUUAGAGUCCUUUAUUCUCUUAUUAUUAUACGUGCGAGAAAUUCCAUCGUCAUUGAGAAUAUCGAGACUCAUUAUUAUGGCCGUCAUUACAUUAUCGAGACUACUAUUAUUAGAGACCUUUAUUCUCUUAUUAUUAUGUGCAUGAGAAAUUUCGUUUGCAUUGAGAAUAUCGAGACUCAUUAUUAUACGGCUGGCACGCAUGUAUCGGAUUAUUUACAUAAUCGAGGUAUUGUUAUUUUUAAUGUAACUCAGUCAAUACGUCUACGUUAACUCAGCCAAAAUAUAGACGCUAACACAGCCGUAAUACGAAUUCAACUUAAGUGUUUGAUAAAAUAAUAAAGAACCUUUCGUAUUUCUUGAUUUGAUUGAGUAUUCGUCAUAAUUAAAGUGCAUCACGUGUGUGGAAAAAUACGGCUCAAACCUAAUAUCGAGGCAUUUAAUAGUUUAUUAAUUUAAAUUAUUCCUCUUUAUUUGAAUUUUUUUAAAAAAAUGAUUUUAUAUUACUACCACUAUUGUUUUAACUUUGUCUUUCACACCAAUUUCUCUUUCAUUCAAAGAAAAUGUCUUCUUCAUCAUCUGUGUCUGGUAACACUUACUUUCACCGCCGGCAUGUGGAAAGAGGAACGCCGAAACAGUGUUGGUGUGGUGAACCCGCUGAAUUAUGUACAUCUGCAUCACGGGCUAAUCCAGGAAGACUGUACUAUUGCUGUCGCAAAGGAUAUAUUAAGGUUUGAUUUUUAAUUUUAUUCAUUAUACUGUCAAUGUGAUACUAAGAGCUGGGCAUGUUGGUGAAAUCAGAGACAUUUAUUCAAAUGGGCGGACGAGUGCUUGGUGGAAGAGGUAGAAGAUAUGAAAUCGGUGAUGAGUGACAUGACCAAAGGCAUAUCAGAUCUGAGAGUAGACGUUGGUCGGUUGGAGAAAGAACUCGGUAAAGCGGAAAAGAUGAAGUGUUUGAUGUUUCCAGUGGUGGUUUGUGGGUUUGGUAUGGCCAUAUUUUGGCACUAUUUCUUUGCGUAGUCAUGUGUUGUAAUCAUAAUUUAGACGCAAUGUUUUUAGUAACUCAGCUAUUACGUUCAAUGCAACUCAGCCAGUACGUUAAUUAAUUCAUAAUCAAACAAUAACCCAGCCAUAAUACGAGUAUUCGUCAGUCAUAACGUUUUAAUAACUCAGUUAUAACGUUCACUGCAAUUCAGCCGUUACGUUAAUUAAGUCACUAUCAAACAAUAACCCAGCCAUAAUAUGAGUAUUCGUCAGUCAUAAUGUUUUAAUAACUCAGUUAUAACGUUCACUGCAUCUCAGCCGUUACGUUAAUUAAGUCAUAAUCAAACAAUAACCCAGCCAUUAUAUGAGUAUUCGUCAGUCAUAAUAAGAUAGUAACUCAGCUAUAACGUUCAGUGGAAGUCAGUCAUAAUCAAACAAUAACAUAAACAAUAACUCAACCAUAAUAUGAAUAUUAGUCAGCCAUAAAAAGAGACAUACAUAAAUUUCUGGUUCGACAUACAUAAGUUUAGGUUCAAAAUCACUCUUCCCUUUCCGGACAUACACACAUUAGUGGAGUAGUUUUCCCAUCUCCAACCACAUUGAACACAAAUAAGUCUCCUAUGGCGCAUCUGUUAGCACGACAGAACUUUCUCCAGCCUCUUCUGAUGUAAUACAUGCCGUCUGCUUCGCUAAAUCGCAAACUCACAGUCCAUGAAUUUCCCUCUUUGUUGACAAGUAUUAUCUCUUGGCAUUGUUUGUUCAAAGCAGUACAAGUCGUAGCUCCCUCAGGAAGAUACUGCAAACACAGAACGUAAAGACACAGAACAGAUCAAACCAUAUGUUAAUAACUAACUAAAUACUGCAAACACAGAACGUAAAGACACUGAACAGAUCAAACCAUAUGUUAAUAACUAACUAAAUAUGGUCUAUAACUGAAAAUCGACUCACAAGUUUGUCUUCUUUUAGAUUCGAAGCAGUGACCUCAGCCUGAAAACAAUAGUCAAAUGAGAAAGAAGGAGCAUCAUCCGCAUCGGCUUCUUCCUUGAUGAUGUGAGGAUGUGUAUACUGAAUCUCACAACAGCUAGGACCAAAUGGUGUGACAUGAAACACCAUAUCUCCUUCGUGUUUGAAGAUGACAAUGUCACCGAUUUGAAGGUCAUGUGCUGUGGUGAAAUCUUUCCAACCUCCGGUGAGUCUCCUGCCUUCUUGUAUCACUUCCCAAGUUUGAUCUGUAGCGUCCGAUCUUAGUUUCCAUGUUUUCCGGUUUGUCUUCCCUUCUAUGUGCUGUGAGAAGAAGCCAAGUGGUAUUGUCUGCAGGUCAGAAAAGCCAAAGUUAAGCAAACUCUAAAAUAGGAACAUAUACACAUGAGAAAUAGAGAGUGUGUGUCUACCACGCCACUGUGGAAAUCGGGAAGCAGAGGCUUCAAGAAAUGAGGUUUGUGCGAAUUAGGCAUCUGCAAACAAGAAAAGAAUGGGAAGAAAACAUCAUCGAACCUAAGCUGAAUCCACAAAUCUGCAAAAGAGAGGCUUCGGUUUUACCUUCGUAUCGAGACGCUUCGAAAUCGCCUGUCGUCGAGAGCUUUUCUUUUUUUUUCGCGUUGGGACGAAAAUGAUUUCUUUUUUUUUUUCCUUGUGUAAAGUAAAUAAUGCCGGAAAAUAUAACUCAGCCGUAACAUUGUUAAUAAUUAAUAAUGCCGAAGAAUAAAACUCAGAAGUAACAUUGUUAAUAAUUAAUAAUACCGAAAACUAAACCUCAGUCGUAAAAUUGUUAAUAUUUAAUGAUGUCGAAAAAUAAAAGUUGGCCAAAAGAGUCAUACAUAAUUUAACUCAGUGUCGAGUUAUGUCCUGACACGCAUGUCCGAGUAAUUUACGAUAUCGAGGUCUUUAUAUGUUUAUUUUAUUUGGACACGCGUGAUCUUUAUAUUUAAUAUGAUUUCCCUAUUAUAUUUCCAAUAUUUACAAGUAAAAGAUAAAGGAAAAACCAGAGUCGACUUCUAAAACCUAAAGUAAGUCUCUUUCGUCCAAAAUCGAUUUUGAAUUAUUUUUUGUAUUUUGGCCUUGUUCGAUUUUGCAUUAUUUUUUGUGUGCUAUGAUGUAUAAAUUAGAUGGAUCUACAGCGUGGAAUUCCAAGGACGUGCGACUGUGGAGCUGCUACCAUUGUGUUAACGUCAGGUACAAUAAAGAAUCCGGGUAGAAGAUUUUAUCGAUGUGGAGCAAAUUCGGGUCAAAACCAUGUUUUCAAAUGGCUUGAUGAAGCACAUGAUGAAGAGUUUGUAGUUGUGGCAAACAAACUCGCGACGAUAGAGCAGGAUUUGGCCGCUAUAAAAGCAGAAUUAGAUGAUAUGAAGAAAGACAUAACUGAGAUCAUAAAAAUUAUUGAAUGUCUUAGGAUGAAGUCUUAAAUGUAUUAGUUGCUACUACUACUUCUUUGUUUACUCAGAUUCUGUACUCAUAAGUCAGUCUAUGUUUAUGUAACUCGGAUUUAACUCAGCCGUUGUUAAUUUCUUCCGAAACAACAACUCAGCCGUAACAUGUAAUAAUAUCAGUCUUAACGUUUAGGUGAACAAUCAAAAAACAGUCAUAAGAUGAAUAAAUGAGAAUAACUCAGCCGUAAGAUGAAAAUAACUCAGCCGUAAGAUGAAAAUAAGUCAGCCAUAAGAUGAAAAUAACUCAGCCAUAAGA